UACCACUGGCAGUGACAUCACAAGCGCCAUAUUGAAACACUUUUCUUUUCCCAUUUUUUUCUUGUCUCCAGACGGCCAUCAGCGCUCUAUCUCCUGCUGAAUUCUGAAGAUUUCUAGAGAACACCUCAAACAUGGAAAUCGAUACCCUUCUGGAGGCCCUGAAAGAAUUUGAAAAGAAGGGGAAGAAGGAGGUCUCCCCUUUGUUGGAGCAGUUUCUGUGCCACGUUGCCAAAAGUGGAGAAACACUGGUCCCAUGGUCCCAGUUUAAGAGCUAUUUCAUCUUCAAACUGGAGAAAGUGAUGGAUGACUUUAGGGAUUCAGCACCAGAGCAACGGGGUCCUCCCAAUCCGAACGUGGAGUGCAUUCCCUUUGACGAGAUGAAGGCUCGAAUAAUGAAGAUUGUGGAUGGAUACACAGGAAUCCCCUUCACCAUCCAGAGGCUGUGUGAACUUCUGACUGAGCCAAAGAGGAACUACACAGGGACGGAGAAGUUUCUACGAGGGGUUGAAAAGAAUGUGAUGGUUGUUAGCUGUGUGCAUCCUACGUCAGAGAAGAAUGGAUGCAGUGGUGUCAACAGAAUGAAUGGUGUGAUGUUGCCUGGCAAUUCGUCUGCAUUUGCAGAGAGGAAAGUCAAUGGUCCUGGGACACCGCGGCCUCUAAACAGGCAGAAAGUCCCCCUAUCCAGCUCACUAGCCACCAAUGGCCUUCCCGACAGCACAGAGAAUAAAGACCCCAACACGGCAGGUGGACACAGCAAAUCACACAGUGAAUCGUCUGUGUCGGGUCCAAGCCGAGGCUUGGCGAGGAACAAGCACGCCGUGAAAGAGGAGGACGAGGGUCUGGAGGAGGAGGAACAGCCCGAGGUGAAGAGACUGAAGUUCCUGAAAGACGGGGAGGACGGAGCAGAGGAAGACGACGAAGAAGAGGAAGACGAGGAGGAAGACGACGCGGAUGAGACGGCGGCGGUGGAGACCCUCCGGCCCACGCUGGCUGAGAGCUCGUCGGACGCCCAGCAGGCCCGUGCCCAGUCCUCGGCGUCGCCAGAGAAGCAGAGGGACGAAGAGCUGGAGGAGGAAGAGGAGGACUCGGUCCCUGCCAGCUCUGCAGCUGAUUGCCAAGACCAGGAGCCCUCCAGCACGCAGACGGAGCUUUGCGCUGAGGAGAGCAAAGUGGGAGAGAAGGCCGAGAGGGAGGCCAAGGCAGAGCGCGAAGUUCCCAGCAGCGCUGCUGACGAUGACAACGCCGAGGAGCCUGCCGACAUGGACCAAUCAGAACAGCGGGCGCCGUCGGGCGUGGCCGGCAGCCCUGAGGGCCGAGAGGCGGGAGAGGAGAGCAACGAGCACGUCAGCAGCAGCAGCAGCAGUAGCAGCUGUAGUGAGGAGAACGAGGAGUCGGCAGCCACCAGCGCCACCCCCUCUGACAGUACCACAGAGCCCCCCGCAGAGGGCACCCCGGAGUCGGGCACUCAGGACUCGGCCGCGGCAGACGAGCCCAUGGAGGUGGAUUAGACCAGUCGCCACCACCACUAGCAGCAGCAGCAGCAGAAUCACCACCAUCUGCCAUCUCAAGACCGACCAACCUUCCUUCCCUGAACCAUCUGCUCUGUCCUGCCCCCCCCCCCCCCCCGAAACACCCUCAUGCUCACCAAGAGACUGACUGGAGUAUGCCACAGUGGCCUCCCUUCCUCUCUCUCUCGCUCUCUCUCGCUCUCUCGCUCUCUCUCGCUCUCUCGCUCUCUCUCUCUCUCUCUCUCUCUCUCUCUCUCUCUCUCUCUCUCUCUCUCUCUCUCUCUCUCUCUCUCUCUCUCUCUCUCUCUCUCUCUCUCUCUCUCUCUCGUCUCACAUACACGUUGGCUCAGGAAGAGCUCGCCGGGCCCCAGUCGCCCUUCCCUGAGCUCCACACGGUCACCUGUUACCCGUCACCUGUUGCUGGUGGCUCUGUGCACCUGGCUGUGUGUGUUUUCUACGUCAUGGGUUUGAGAGUUUUUAAAAGACUUGAUAAAUGCGUAGCUCCCCAUACGCUCCAUUUGUUUCUGUUUGUUGGUUUCUGUCGAUCUAUCUGUCAGUCAGUUUUCCUUCCAGGUGAGAUGGCGUUCCUGGUUUCUCCCGUGGCUUGGCCAGUCUUGUAGGUUUGUAAGGGGGUCUGUUAGGGUGACGUGUUUUGCUUUUUUUGUUAUUUUUAUUUUUUUAAAUAUAUACUUCUUUUGAGUUUAUAUUGCCGUAUUAUUGGUAGGGGCUUUUCUUAGCACAGCAGUCAGAGGUGUGUUGUGUUGACUUGCCUGCCUCCAAGUGCAGGAGCACGUCACCAGAGUAGGCUACCUGCACUGUAGUGAUGCAGCCACUCCAAAGAUCCAUUAUGAGUAGCUUUUGAAUCUGGAGCUUUCGGCCCCGCCGUUGCGGUUUAGCUUUAGUUUUGUUUUUGUUUCGUGUUCUCUGUGUCUUUCGCACUCUUCUUCCAGGUGUCAAAAGAGGAGAGGUAGGUCUCAAAAAUUGUGGGCGACUCCAAACGAAAAUUACUGUAGCCUUGUGUCUCUCCUUGUCUCGUAUUGAAAACGACUGCACAGGCCAGCAUGGUGAAAGCUACCAAGCAACCAGACUUAUUGAAAGCCAGUUUAGGUGUUUGACUGUGGCUGUUCUCAUCCAUCUGCGUAAUUCAGUCAGAAGGAGAGAGAAAGGGGGAGAGCAGCGGGCUACGUCAGGCAACCCAGGUGGAGCGACGCCUAAAGUGUCCCUACUGUCCCAUCUCGUGCACCACCACAUUGAUCUCUCACUGACGUUUCCCAAAGGAGGAGGGUUAAUCUUGGUUCCUUUAACUUGAUGUUUAACACACGAUCACAACUUUUUUUUUUUUUUUUUUUUAAUUUAUGAAGACAUUUCAGUUUAAUAAUAACCUAUAUAUAUAUUUGGAGAAGCAAAGCAAAGGUCUUUUAUCGUUUCUUGUUUUGUUAGAUUUUUGGCAGCCAGUUAUUGACUGGACGUAAGCAACUGAGAGCAGGAAGCUGCCAAAGCAUCCCUCUGCGAGUGUGUAAGUGUGUGGUUCUCUGACUGUCUCAUUGUUGAUCUUAAUUUUUGUUUUUGUUUUUGUUUUCUCCACUGACUGUGUGCUGAAGCAAUAACUGGCUCCCAAAAGGCGCAGUUCUCCGCAGCUGUACUGGUUUUGAUAAUUAGAAUUUUUAAAUUCCUGUAGAGGUUUUUUGUAGAUUUACAUAUGUGUUCACUGCCUCUGUGAAUCCAUACGAAUUGUACAUUUUUUGUGUAUACCUGAAUGCGUGUGCUUUACAGUAUAAAUAAAAGAUUUUCAAUACAAUUGAGGCAAUAAAUGUUACGGGUUUUAAUGC